AAGGUGGGAAACCAAGGUGAGUGAGUGGCUUUCACUUUUCGCGGUACCAUAACUAACCUAACAUGAUCCCACCACAAUUCCUUCUACACUUUUUUCACACUCACUCAUGACUACCAAAACGCACCGUUUUACUACCUGUUACCGUCAUCCUUUCACACCUGUCACCGGUUUCUGUGCCUCCUGUCUCCGCGAACGCCUCGCCGGCAUCGAUUCCUCCCCCUCCUCGCCGGACCUCCGCCGCACUAAGUCCUUCUCCGACCGUACAGCCGGCGCUAUCUCCUCCGCCGCCGCCCCGGAGCCCCGCCGCAGGUCCUGCGAGGUCCGACUGCCGCAGCCGGUUGGCUCGCUGUCGGACCUCUUCAAUCGCGACUACAAGAGCAAGAAGCCAACGAAUCGGAACGCCGACAUCCGUUCCGAAAGUGCUGGCGUCGGAAUCGAAGAGAGCGAGCGCGGCGAGGUGGUUAGGGUUUCUGGCGAUGAAGACGGGGAGGGGAAGACGAUGAAGGAGUUCAUAGAUCUCGAAUUUCGGAGCAGGAAGGGCGCGGGGAGAGAUUUCAAAGACAUCGCAGCGAGUUUUCGCGGCGCGGCUUCCGAAUUCAGCAAGCGAUUGAUAAAAUGGAAACGGAAGCUGAAUCCGAAGAGAAAUCACCGCCACAGCGACGUCGCCGGCGCCGACUUUUGUUCGGUCGAAAAACUAGGGUUUAAGUCGUUGCAGGAGACGCAAUCGGAGGUUGGAGAGUACGGUUUCGCGUUAGGUAGAAGAUCGUGCGACACUGAUCCGAGGUUAUCCGUUGACAAUUCGCGGUUUUCGUUCGAAGCUCCUAGAGCUUCCUGGGAUGGUUAUUUGAUUGGGAAAGCAUACCCUAGGGUUUCCCCCAUGGUUCGUGUUGGUGAUAGGGUUUUGGUCGAGGAAGAAGAAGAGGGAGACGUGAGUUUGGAGAAUGGUGAAGAAUGCUGUCCUGGUGGUUCUGCUCAGACGAAGCAUUACUAUUCCGAUUGGCAUAGGAGGAGGAGGAGUUUUGAUAGAUCAAAUUCUCGUAGGAAGUCGAUAAUGGGAGACGUUGAUGAAUUGAGAGUGAUAUCUAAUGCUAAGGUUUCUCCAGCUACAACUGAGUUGUUCUAUGGGGCGAAGGUGUUGAUCACUGAGAAUGGUUUGAGGGAUAUGAAUUUGAAAUCGUCUGAUAGUGUAAUGGGGUCCGGUUCCAAGGUUGAUGCUUGUGAUGUUGCAAUUGAGGAUGGGCAACAGGGAUUGAACAAGUUUCACAAGUGGGGUAGGUUAUGGAGUAAAUUGGGGUUAUUGCAGAGGAGAAGGGAAGAUAUGUUGGGAGAAGGUGAUUACGGUGGUGGGGAUGUGGUUAAUAAGCCACUUGCAGAGUCUUGGCAGAAGCUGAGGAGGGUGGUUAACGGUCAAGCGAGUGAGUCAGUUAGCCAGAAGCUUAUUCGUAGCUAUAGUGUUAGUUGUGGAAAUCCUUGUAGAACUUCAGGCUUAGUCAAUGGCUUUGGGGGUUCUGCGACUAAAGGCCAUGUUUUGAAUGGAAGGCAGAAGUUUAUGCUUCAGAAAAACCGGAGUAUUAGGUAUUCACCAAGUAAUGUUGACAGUGGCUUGUUAAGGUUCUAUUUGACACCGUUGAAAAGCUAUAGGCGAAGCAGGUCUGCAAAGGGUAGCUUAAAGAAUUCAAAUUCAACGGCCAGAAGUUUCUUCUGAGGCGGUAACUCAUUGAAGUGUAUCUGGGCUGUAAAAACAUAUAUAAUGAAAUUGAUUUUUGUCCUUGAUACAAAGUACUUCACAUUGUUAGAAAACAUAACAUUGGAAAGAUAAUCAGACUGGUUGUAAUUGUUCUGAUGUUGGUAGCAGAAUAAAAACAUUUAUAAUAGUAAUCUUACAGUAAUUUUUGACUGCAUCA